GUCCAACUACACGUCAAAACCACUUGUUGCCAAGAGGUUAAAUAGUGAUAAUAUAGCAUAGAUAGGGCAGCAAAGAGUGUUUCUAAUAGACUUGAUUACUGAUACAAGAUCAUUUUUGUUUGGGAAAAUACCUUUUUUUUAAUACGUUUUUACUUACUCACAUUCGUUUCCGAAAUUCUAACUUACAAGCACAUUUAUCAUGUACGAUCUUAAACGAAUAAAACAAAUACAGGUACCGGCGGUAUUGAGAACUCGUCAAGCUAUCCGAUUGAUCAGAUUAGCUUUGAUGGUGUUUCUCGUCAUUAAUGUGAUAUACUUUUCCUUGUUCAAACAAAGCGGUCCGGUGUUGUUAAACACAAAUCCACGCCAAAAAUAUCAAGACUACAUUGCGCGCUUGUUCACCAAGAUCACCCAGGAUCCAGAUAGAUUCCAUAUGGCCAACACUGGGCUUACCGAAGUUGAUAUCAAGGUGCCAAUUAAGAAAUUCAUGAACAAGUUCGAAAAUGAACCCGAAUCUUUGACCAAUCAAGAUAUGCUUUACUAUGAUCCAAGAUUCACAAUUGCCAUGUAUUUAAAUGAAAUCAAACAUAGGUAUGUUAAAGCUGGGGGCAAUUCUAAGAAGGUUGAUUCUAAUAGAGUUGAAGAAAUUACCUUGCCUUUUAACUGGGUUGAUUGGAUGGAUAUGGCAAUCUUGAAUGGAGACUUGUCAAAACCCAUGGAGGAGAGAAUUAACUGUCAUGAUAUUCGUCAAGUCACUAACAAUGACCCCGAUACCUCAUAUUUCUGUAUUGACAAUGCCGCCUUGUCUC